UUAUUUAUUUUAUUCCACCCUUUAAUUUGUGUAUGUAUUCUAAUCGGGUGGUUAAUGAGAUCAAAUAACAUGUUUAUAACAAAUGCAAAAAUAUGUCUUUAAACUACCAUAAGUAAAACGCGUAGUUUGUGCAUGUAGACUAUUUGCAUCACCGGUGUUUUGGUGAUUAGAGCAUUGGGUCGACCGAGCAGCAUUAUCAUCAGACUACGGAAGUCGCAGCUUUGCUAUAUGACUUGUACGAGCACGUUUCUUGUACGCUUAUUCCCGUUUUCGCAGCUUGUGCUGUGUGUUUCCUUGAGUAUAACUAGCUAUUUGUAACUAUGGCGAAGGUGGAUACCUCCUCUAGCAGACCUUAUCACAUUGUUAUUUUCGGAGCUUCGGGUUUCACCGGGCAGUUCGUUGUUGAAGAGGUGGCCAGGAUCGUGUCGGAGGGCCCGAAUGGGACGCUGAAAUGGGCUGUGGCUGGGAGAAGCAGACAGAAACUGGACAAAGUUCUAGAGCAGGCCGCCGGAGCCCUCGGUAAGCCAGAGCUGAGGACUGCGGUGGAGGUCAUUGUGGCUGAUGUGGGAGAGCCUGAUUCUCUGGCCGCCAUGUGCAAACAGGCUGUUAUUGUUCUCAACUGUGUGGGGCCAUACAGGUUCUGGGGUGAGCCUGUGGUGAAGGCAUGCGUGGAGAACAGCGCACACUGCAUUGACAUCUGUGGAGAACCCCAGUUCCUAGAGAGUAUGCAGUUGAAUUACAACAGCCAGGCAGCUGAUAAGGGAGUGUACAUCGUGGGGGCUUGUGGCUUUGACUCCAUACCUGCAGACAUGGGAGUCCUCUACACCAGGGAACAAUUCAAAGGGACACUUACAGCUGUGGAGAGCUUCCUGACAGCCAGCACAGGGCCUGAGGGUGGAUCUAUCAAUGACGGGACAUGGAAGUCGGCCAUCUAUGGUUUUGCUGACAGCGGGAAGCUGCGGAGCCUCAGGAAGAAGUUUGGACACAAACCUCUCCCUGUGGUGGGCUCAAAGAUCAAACGCAGGAGUGCCCUGUUCUAUAGUAAUGAGGUUCAGCAGUAUGCGGUCCCGUUCAUGGGAGCCGACCCGUCGGUGGUGAAGAGGUCUCAACGCUUUCUACUGGAGGAACACCAGGAAACACCUGUCCAGUAUGGUGCAUAUGCAGGAGUAGGAGGUGUGGCCAACAUUGUCAAGAUGCUAUUCGCUGGGAUGAUGUUCUGGUUCCUGGUCAAAUUCGACUUUGGACGAAACCUGCUGAUUAAGUUUCCAGAGUUUUUCUCCUUUGGUUUCUUCUCCAAGGAUGGACCAACCAGAAAGCAGAUGGAGGGUUCAUCCUUCCAGUUUGUGUUCUAUGGAGAGGGCUACACUGAGGGACAGGACCCCAGCCAGGGACGACCCAACGCUAAGAUCCGCACACUAGUCCAAGGACCAGAGGCAGGCUACGUGACCACGCCCAUCGCCAUGGUACAGGCUGCCAUCACCAUCCUGAACGAACCCACAGCCCUCCCCAAGAAGGGUGGUGUGUACACCCCAGGAGCAGCUUUUUCCAGAACCACGCUGGUGGAGCGCCUCAACAAACAUGGCAUCCAGUUCUCUGUCAUAUAAUGUGUGACCUCCUCUGACCUGACCCCAGGUCAUCAGUAUUGGCACUCCACUGGUGUUCUCACUAGAUGGUCAUGCUACAAAGAGAAAAUUGGCUAUAUCAGAAACAUAUUAAUUAGGGUUAGGCUGAAGGUUAGAUUUUUCCUUUCUUCUAACUUUACAGCAUGGCCCGAUAAUGACCACCCUCUGUCUGACUGGGACUGUAGAGUCUUUUAAAAGACCGUUACUUUAUUGUCAAAUAAUGUCGCCUCGGCUUUAAUAAACUCGCCAGCGGUUGUGCAGUUUGUGUAGAGUAGGAUACAAAUGCCUCUUCUCCCCUGUGUGUGUGGUGGGUGUUCCAAUCCUGUGUGUGUGGUGGGUGUUCCAUGCCUGUGUGUGUGUGUGG